GUCAACGUCAACGUCAAAAUUUUGACGUUUACACGAAUUUUUAUUAACAAAAAUGAAAAUAAUGAGUUUUUUACACUAAAAUGUAAUUCAACUAGCCGCUUAAGAGAAUGUUUUCUUUAAUUUAUGGUUUUUACAAGCACAUGGUACAAAAAGACGAAUAUUGCGUUCUCAUCCUGGGCCUGGAUAAUGCUGGAAAAACGACCUAUUUAGAAGCCGCCAAAACAAAGCUAACUAAUAAUUACAACUCCAUCCAUCCUUCCAAAAUCACCACAACAGUCGGGCUGAACAUCGGUAAAGUGGAUGUAGCCGGAAUACGAUUGAACUUCUGGGACUUGGGCGGUCAAAACGAACUGCAAUCUCUAUGGGACAAAUAUUAUGAAGAAUCCCAUGCAAUUAUCUACAUAAUCGAUUCAUCCGAUAGAGAACGUAUGGACGAAUCGAAAGAAAUAUUCGAUAAAAUGAUUGCAAGCGAAAAUUUAAGAGGCAUUCCAUUGUUAGUAUUGGCCAAUAAGCAGGACAUACCCGAAUGUAUGGGAGUACGAGAGGUCAAGCCGAUAUUCAAUAAAAAUUCCCAUCUAAUAGGCAAGAGAGACUGCAUGGUCAUGCCAGUUUCGGCCUUAACCGGGGACGGAGUGGACGAAGGAAUUAGAUGGCUAGUAGACUGCAUAAAAAGGAAUUCCUAUCUGAGACCUCCUAGAAAUCAAGAGGAAAUGUGAUUUUUUAUUUCCACAAACCGACCGAACGGUUAACCAGAAGACAUUUUGCUCAUACACAUCAAAUUUAAUAGGAAACCAUUGUUACUGUUUAUUUUUUAUUUAUUAUCUUCCUUUUGUACUUUAAUUGAUCCUUAAUAUUAAUGAGUUUGUUCAUUUUACUGCCCAAUUUUAAUACUGACAAUAUAAUGUUUUUAUUGUGA